AGGACGACGUCAGGCGACGUCGACGACGUUCUCCGUCGCGUACCACUCCGCUCGUAAUCAUAUCUGGACUUAAUUAUUGGGGCUGUCAAUUAGCAGCGCGGCCAUUUUAAGCCUGUAAGCAACCCCAAUAAUUGGAAAAUGUCCGGAUUCGCGGCGGCGAGCCUCGUGGCCUUCGACUCCAUCAAGUCCAAAGCAUCGCAAAAAUUUGCUGGAUUCAGGAGAAGCAAUGCCGGCUACGAGGAAUUUGAAAUGCCCCGUGAGGGUAGCAAAGACAAUAGGGGAUUCGAAGAUGAGAGAGGAUACAGCAAACAAGCCUCUUUUGAGUCGCUUCCGGAACCGGAAAGACCACCAUUGCGUCACAUUGAUACGUAUUGUAAACCAGAAUGUCCCUGCCUGUCGAAAAGAUACACCAUUGCUACGUUGGCCUGUAUAGGAUUCAUAAUUUCAUUCGGAAUGAGGUGUAACAUGGGAAUGGCGAAAAUGGCUAUGAAGAACGCCACCGAGGGUGAAAAUCACACUCUGAUGUUCAACUGGACAGUAGGCACAGAAAGUGCUCUAGACUCGUCCUUUUUCUGGGGUUAUCUAGUAACCCAGGUGCCAGGAGGAUUUCUCGCUUCUCUGUACCCUGCGAACAAAAUAUUUGGAGCUGCCAUCGCCAUAUCUUCCUUCUUGAACUUAUUGGUGCCUGGGGCUUUGAAGGUCGACCCCAUCGUCGAUAUGGUUGUACAGGUCUUGAAAGGACUGGUGGAGGGUGUAACGUAUCCAGCCUGUCACGGUAUUUGGAAGUAUUGGGCGCCACCCUUGGAGAGAUCACGUUUGGCCACGUUAGCAUUUUGUGGUUCUUACGCUGCCAUGGUUAUAGGAAUGCCACUAUCAGGUUGUUUAACCUCGAUAUUUGGUUGGACAGCGUCCUUUUAUUUCUACGGUAUGUCUGGAUUGAUUUGGUACUGUUUUUGGCUGUGGUUGGCCUUCGAGAAACCGUCGAAGCAUCCUUGCAUUUCGGCACGCGAGCUUCGCUACAUCGAAGACUCUCUUGGCCAGGGUCAAGCUCAAAUACCAAUUCCGACAUUUGCAACAACGCCGUGGCGUAAGUUUUUGACGUCCAUGCCGGUUCACGCCAUAAUCGUGGCCAACUUCUGCAGAUCCUGGAACUUUUAUCUGCUGGUGCUCUUCCAGGCUCGUUUCAUGCAUGAGGCCUUUGGUAUGCCUCUGGUUGAGACUGGUGUAAUCGGCUCACUUCCACAUUUGCUAAUGACGAUGAUCGUACCUUGUGGAGGAUUACUGGCUGAUCACAUACGGAAACGCGAAAUUUUAUCAACAACGAACGUUAGAAAAUUGUUCAACUGCGGUGGUUUCGGCAUGGAGGCGCUCUUCUUUUUGGUGGUUGCAAAUGCGACCACACACAGAAAUGGUACAGCUGCGAUCGUCGCCCUUGCGUUUGGUGUUGCUUGCAGUGGCUUCGCCAUUUCCGGUUUCAACGUUAAUCAUCUGGACAUCGCACCCAGAUACGCCAGUAUUUUGAUGGGAAUGUCGAACGGUGUCGGUACUAUAGCGGGACUUCUGGUACCAUUCUUCGUGGACAAUAUCACGGAGCAAAAGGACGCUCAAAGUUGGAGGAACGUCUUUAUUAUAGCCGCCUGUGUACACAUCUUUGGCGUGACGUUUUAUGGAAUAUUUUGUUCCGGAGAAUUACAACCAUGGGCUGAUCCUGUUUUAGAGGAGCAGAAGAGUUGGAAUCCAAUGGACGAAUUUGGGCAAACGAAGCCACCGGUUCCGCCGCCGCCAAGUACUAUGCAAUCUGAAUUUAUUAAACAGCCAUCUAUGGGUGGAGGUGAAGUGGACGACUGGAACAAUUACGAGCAGCCUCCAGCAGACAACACAUACGUCCAACAAGAAAAAGCGCCCGUAAUAAGCUACGGAUCGACAGAAACCAACACCAACAACCCUUUCCAUUCGACGAACCCCUUCGCAAACGACAUAAACGCGUCCAUGGUGCAGCCGCCAGCGACGAACGACUACUCGUACGACGUAACACAGCAGCAUCAGCAAUGGAAUUAAAUUCAAGAAACACGAAUUCAACGAGCACGAUGUGAGUGCGGAAACGAAGACGUUUAAGGAUCUGUUCAACAGCACAUCCUGUGCGAAACCACCCUACAAGUGUCCGC